GUUUAGAUCUGAUAGGUUGGUUGGUUUGUUGCAGAUUGGAUCCCAAACCCUUGAAUCCAGCGUAUCCAAUUCUUCUUCCUCUUCUUCAUCAAACGCCAAACGCUCUGAUCUUCAUCAAUGGGAGUUGAAGAAUCUUCUAUCGAUCCCAACAAAAACGCCAAAAACUCAUUAUGGUCGCCAGCGAUCCAUCUUCUUAAAGGUUUAGAUUCAUUCAAAAUAAUGCGUGCCAUACGAAAUAUCUGUCUUACAAGCUUCACUGAUCUUCCCAACUAUCUCUUACAAGGAGCAUACGGGUUUAUUCAAAGGGAAAUGGGAAAGAUAAAGAAUAUACCUUUUCAGCUUUUCAAUUUCUGGGUUAAUCAACUCAUCCGCCCCAUUCUAAAACCUUUCUCCAUUCUUCGUUUGGUUUCAUCACAAAGUUUGGUAACUGUCAAUGUAAAUGUUUCAGUUAAGAAUACCGUCAUUCUUGAAACUGCACAAACUUCUGAUGAUCCAAACAUCGUACCAUUUGAAACUGCACAAAUUUAGGAUGAUCCAAACAUUGUCCCAUUUGAAAGUUAAGUCUUUCUCUGCAUAGUUAUCAAACACUUGUGCAAACUAAUAUGUAUAUGUAUAUGUUGAUGUCUCUUACUUAGUGUUCAAUUUUCAUCUAGCUCAGCAUUGUAUGAUCCAACAACAAAACUUUAAUAUUAAUGGUCAACUGAUUGUUUAGUA